GUUUUCCCCACAAGACAUUGCACGACUGAUAUCCUUAAGAGUUCGUUACAAACGAUGAUGCAAUGCGAAUUGAAGGAAAGCUUACAAUUCGAGAUCCAUGUCAGUAUAUCGCAAAUUCGCAAGUAGUUGAUCAAUUUUAUGACUGACCUUACAUCAAUGAAUAUCAAUCUAGGUAGUAGUUGAUCAGUUCACCUGCUUCCUUUCCCUCCAUUUAUUUCAUCUCUCUCUCUCAAACUUGUACUAUUCUUCCUCUUCUCACGCUUUAACAGUUUAACUGGUAAGAAGAAGAAACACAACAAUGGCGGAUUUUCUCUCUCUUCUAAGACGCGCAUACCUCUCCAUCUACAAUUGGACCGUUUGUUUUGGAUGGGCUCAAGUUUUGUACUUUGCUGUUAAAACCUUGAAAGAAUCAAGCUAUGAACAUGUCUACGACGCCAUUGAAAAACCUCUUCUUCUUGCUCAAACCGCCGCCAUUUUAGAGAUUGUUCAUGGUUUAAUUGGUUUGAUUAGAUCACCUAUAACUGCAACAUUGCCUCAAAUUGGAUCAAGGUUGUAUGUGACUUGGGGAAUUUUGUAUAGCUUUCCAGAGACGCAAAGUCAUUUUCUUGUUAGCUCUUUGGUAAUCAGCUGGGCUGUUACAGAGAUUAUUCGUUAUUCCUUUUUCGGCAUGAAAGAAGUCUUUGGGUCUGCACCAUCAUGGCUUCAGUGGCUGAGGUAUAGCACCUUCAUGCUACUUUAUCCAAUUGGCAUUUCAAGUGAAGUUGGUUUGAUAUACACAGCUUUACCAUACAUGAAGACAACAGAGAAGUACAGUAUAAGGAUGCCCAACAAAUGGAACUUCUCAUUUGACUACUUCUACAAUGCAUUACUUGUUCUGGGAGUAUACGUUCCAGGUAGUCCACACAUGUUCAACUACAUGCGCGCCCAGAGGUCGAAGGUCCUUUCAAGAUCCAAGAAAGAUUAAUGUGAUAAUAGAACAUACUUUGUUGAGAUUAAAGAUGUAAGCAUUUCAUGUGGAGUUGUGGACUUUGUAAUACUACUCUCCCUUGUUUAAAUUAAAUCUGGAUUCUAAUUCUUUCUAAAUUAAAAAUUAGUACAAGUGACCAACUUCUCUCUCUA